UAUCCAAAUGGUUGGCCUAAGUAUGACUGUCCAAUCCCACCUGUUCGUUCGUUACCUCAAGAUGUUCAUCAUCUUGCGCCUUGGGAUAUCUCGGUGGUAGGAGCCCUGGGAGAUUCCUUAACUUUGUAUUGGGUUUUCUAUUACUUUAUAUCGUUCGAUCCACCUGGUUGA